UUCCAUAGUCCUCACGUAUGUAGAUCUGUUAUUCCAGUUGAAGAAAACCCGUGACCUGCAUCUUGCCUUAAUGGAGACGGAGAUUUUGAAGUAUAUUUUGGACAAUCAGGGAGCUGUGAUCACCUCGGACUUGUUGUUUAACUUGUGCAACACUUCAACACUUUCAGAGAUUAUUUGUAAUAACGACAAGUUUAAGACGUGUUUAUUCAAUGGGACGCCGAAGGUUGUCGUCCGGAGCCCAGUGAAACUCUGCUGGCGUAAGGACUGUCCGGGCUGUGGGGGCCUGCACCUCUGUAAAAGCUUCCUCCUCACAGAGUCUUGUCAGUUUACUUACACGAGGAGAGGAUGCAUAUUCUCCCACGACCUCCAUUCAGGCCACAAUGAGAUCAUCCUCACAAAGUUUGGUCUGGAAACACUGUCCAGGGCCCAGCUGUGCCUCCUGCUGCUCCAGAGCAACAACAACAACCUCCUGCCUCCUAUCUGCCAUAAUUACAAUAACCGUAAUGGAUGUGAGGACACAUCCUGCACGAGACUGCACAUUUGUGAGAAGUUCCUCAAUUCUGACUGCAGCUGCUUCAGGACACAUGACUUUCUCGCCCCCCAGCCACUAAAACUCCUGCAGGACAAACGUAUCCCUGCAUGUAUGAUUAGAUCUUUAAAAUGUGUCUAUGCAAAUAAACAGGCACUGUGGUUGGCUGACAAGUUAAACAGUAGGAGAAAUGUAAAUAGUGAUCCACAGGCAGCCUCUAGUUUAGAUCUUACCCAUGACAGUGACGACAGCCAAGACAGCCAUAACUCUGGCCAUCACACUGAUUCUAAUACAAGAACAAAUCCGAAUUCAAACAGGGGUCGUGGUGGUCGGGGGAGGGGAGGUCAUAUUAGAGGAGGCAGGGGCAACAGUGAUAAUAGCCAGGAUCCUACCAAAAAGUCAGAUAACAUAAGUCAUAAUCCAAAACGCAACAGAAAAAGUCAAGGACAAAGAGAUAAAACUGAAAUCUGCAUGUACUUCAUCAAGGGACACUGCAAAUAUGAAGAUCACUGUUUCAAAGCUCAUGUUAAGAUGCCAUACAUGUGGGAGAUCAAUGUGAAUGGCAAGUGGACUCCUAUGGCUGAUAAUGAAAAGAUUGAGCAGGCCUACUGUGAUCCUGAAAAUACAUACAGUACGACCUCCCCUCCUGUGUAUUUUGACACAAUGAAGAGUGGAGAAAAUGAAGUGAGACGCCUCUCAACCAUAAACUCGGUUCUGGAACCAGAUUUCAUUCACACCACUGACUGGCUUUGGUACUGGGAGGACGACAAUGGCAGGUGGCAGCAGUAUGGAGCGAAUGCAAGUGUGCAUCAGCCGGCCAGUGUCACCAGUAAAUUCCUGGAGGAAAUGUAUCUGGAAAAUGGCAAAGCUGUGAUCCCGUUCAAAGCUGGUUCACAGUCAUAUGAACUCAGUUUUCAGGACAUGAUUCAAACCAACGUAAAGUAUUUGACAAAGAGGGUGGUGAGGAGACGUCCUCAGUUUGUCUCUGCAGCUGAAGUCCCCACAAAGAGGAAGCGUUUAGCAAACACCACUGCUGCUGUACCAGACUACUGGGACAAAACACAGAUUUCUCCAACUGAACAUAGGCGUAUCUGUCUCCAGCCAUCUCUUGCUGAAUAUAAAGAGAUCCACGAACUUUUCUGUCAAACCAUGAAAGGAUUUGAGAUUCUGAAAAUUGAAAGGAUUCAAAACAAAGCUGUCUGGGAAGCCUUUCAGCUACAUAAGAAUCAUAUGAAGAACAAGAACAAUGGACAACCAGUGGCAGAGAAAAAGCUUUUUCAUGGGACCGAGCCUUCACAUGUAGAAACUAUAUGUGCCACUAACUUUGACUGGAGACUCUGUGGAGUCAAUGGGACAGCUUAUGGUCAAGGAAGUUAUUUCGCACGAGAUGCCAAGUACUCCCACAGCUACACUGGCACCUCUCAAGACCGGUUCAUGUUUGUGUCUCGGAUUUUGGUCGGACAAUACACCAGAGGCCGCUCUGAAUAUAGAAGACCUCCCUCUAAAGACGGAAGUGACGUGAAUCUUUACGACAGCUGUGUGGACGAUGUCAUGAACCCGUCCAUCUUUGUUGUGUUUGAGAAGCAGCAGAUCUACCCUGAAUACAUCCUUCAGUACAGAGAUAGGGCCCAACAACAUACCACCAACCAACUAGCGGCCACACCAAUAGUACCACCAACACCUACAGUUACAGUCUCUGUGCCACCUGCACCCUCAGCAGCAUCCCUGAAUCCUUUGGUGACAAAUCUGACCACUACAUCCUUUCCAGCGUCCACAAAAGCUUCAGUAACAAAUCCAGCCAUUACACCCUCAAACAUGUCCUUAGCGACAAAUAUGGCCCCUACACCUGCUACAAGGCCAUCUGUUACAUCUCCUACAAGCCCAUCUAAUCCUGUCUCCACAUUCUCACCAAGAUCACCAAACUCUAUGCAAACAAGUCCAACUGCUGCAUCCACAAUAAGAUCAGUUGAUUAUUUAGCAUCAACUCCACACACAUUUACAUCUGAUACAUCAUUUAGGUUUGCAGCAACUAGAUUGCAGGCAACCACAUAUCCAACAAGUUCAAGUGCUGCAUUUCAAAGAUCAUCAUCAAAACAACAAAAGACAUGUAUUAUUGCAUAGACGGGUUUGGCAGUGUGAAAGUUUUUACUCGAAAUCUAAAGGUGCACUGUGAAGAGGGCCCAACACCAGCUUGUAUCCAUAGAGAUUUGUAAUUGAUUUGGUUGGAAGUUCCACAGCAUGGCAUUAAAAUUAUCUGUUUUCAUGUAGCCAAGCAACUGACUACAACAGGCCAUGUUAAGAAGAACUGGAAAGGCCAUAAAGGUUACAUAGUGCAACUGUAAUGUUAUGUUGUGAGUAACCCUCCCUGCUUAUUGUUUUAAAUCAUUUUGUUUGAAUUACUUGGAGGUGUGGUUUUUAUCUGCUAAUCAAACAAAGCUGUGUGCGUCACACUUUAAUCAAAUAUAAUUUCAGCUCGCCCUGCUGGUAGACAAUGAAGAUAAUCGUGUCUCUUAAAACAUUGAAUAUUUUGUUGCAUCCAUUCUAUAGACAUUAAUAUUAGAUUUAGCACUAAGAACAACACUAUGUACAUUUAGCAUUUCAUUUAACACUGACAAAAUACUUAUAUAUAGUUUCACCAUGAAAUCUACAUUAAAUUCAUGUUUUCAG